CGCGGGGCGUGUCGCGGCGCUACGUGGCGAGCGCGCGGCCGGCGCAGUGGCGCGUGGCGGGCGCGCUGCGCCUUAAGGACGGCCAGCUGUGCGGCGUGCAGGAGGGCGCGGCCAGGGUGCGCGCCGCCAUCGCCGGCGUCUGGAGCCCGGAGAUCGAUGUGGUGGUGUUCCCCGCGCUGCGCGUGGUGCCGGGCGCGGCGCGCGUGCCGCCGGGCGCACGGCUGCAGCUGCGGCACGCGGGCGGCCCGCCGCACCACCUCGCAGACCUGCACUACCGCCUCGCAGACACCACUGAUAAAAUAGAAGUUUCUCCGAGUGGUCUAGUGCACGGGCUUGCGAUGGGUACGGCGCGCGUCAAGCUGGUCGCUACAGACAUCGCUAAUGUUGAGAUGGCCAGUGCGGAGGCCGAAAUUGAGGUGGUGCCGAUCUCCGGGCUGCGCGUGUCUGCGGCGACGCAGAGCUUGCUGGUGGGCGCGCCGGGGCCGCUGAGCGUGCGCGCGACGGGCCUGGCGCCGGCCGCGCUCGCCGCCGUGCAGCCGCCGCCGCGCGUCCUCUGGACCCUGCGCGACCCCGCCGCCGCCAGGCUCUACACUGGACAUAUUGAUGAUUUAUUGGAGCGAUCAAUAGCUGAAGGGUUGGCGGUGCGCGUGGUGCCGUUGAAACCGGGUGUUAUAACUAUAGACGUCAGAGUUCGAAACAUGGGACAGGUGGCAGAAACUCGAUCAUGGGACAGUACGAUUGAGAUACUAGGAAUAUCAGAUAUACGCAUAUCUAUGGAUAGUACAAAUGUCGAUUUAUCUUCUGAAAAACGAUUAGCUCUCGCUGUUGGGUCGUCAGUACGUCUGAGGUCAACACCGAGGUGCGUUUGGACCUCAUACGGCGAGGGCGUGUUUGAAUUGACCCCUAAUGGUGACGUGAAAGGCAUUAAACCAGGACACGGAGUGAUUGCAGCACAACAUAAAGAUGAGAGAAAUAAUAUUUAUAGGGAAACGAUAAUCCACGUGGAAGUGGCAACACCUCAUUACUGCACUGCGGAGCCCGCUGGUGACGCGGAUGAUGAAGCUGUCCGCGUGGUGAUGAGGAACUCUGUGGGUCGGGAGCUGAUCGCGCACGAGGCCAACGUGUCCGUUACUGCGCCUGUGCCUGCACACGUCAGGCGUACAACUACCGGCGGUCUAGGUAGUGAGAUUGUGUUCACCGGUCUAGACACGAUUGGUUCAUUCGCAACCUUCCAGGCGACUGCGGGCGGACACACCGUCACUGAUGAAGUAUUGGUCAUUGGAUCUGAAGCACACGGGAAUAGGAUUAUUGUGUGUGGCGGCUGGGCGGUGUGCCUGGAGGGCGUGGGGUGGCGCGCGCCGGCGGGGGUGGCGCUGCACGCGGGCGCGGGCGUCACGCUGGCCGUGCUGGGCGCGGAGACGGGCAGGCACGCGCUGCGGCUGGACCGCCCGCCCGCUGCUCUCACGCUGCACCAACUGCCCUUAAAUAAGAUGGAAUUUUUACAUGGAGAAUGGCCGUAUUCUAUGGUACCGCUGUCGUUAGAAGCUAGCGGUCUUACUAAGGGACCGUUGCUGUGCUCGGAAGAACAGAAGUACGCGUUAACAGGGAUAGAAGUGGAACUGCCAUACAUUUGUAGAACCAAAGCACCGCACACUGCACAACCUAUUCUAGAUAUAGCCAAUGGUCAAUUGGGUUGUUCAAUAAUACCAGCAUCGUCAAUAAUCGAAUCGACAGAAAUCGAAUUAUGCGCCGAAUGGGGCCCGCACAGAACUUGUACUAGAGUGCAAUUGCUGCCUCCAAUAGAAGUACCAUUAACUAAAGUCUCCUUAGCCCAUCCACCAGCUACUUUCACCAUAACUGGACAUCCUCAAGCACUAAAGCUGGUCAAAUUGACCACAUCACCUGGUCUUAAAAUAGAAAUGAGUUCCAAAGAUAGUGAAAUUACAGUAACUGUGUCAAGUGAAAAAGUGACGUGUGGCAGUGGACACGUGCACGUUAUUUCGAAGUUAACAGCUCAAGAUAUUACCGUAGAAGUGGAGAGGGAAGGCGAUCCUGGCUGUGGGACGCUAUUGGGAGCGAUCUUCUCACUUCUGAAGCCGUAUUUACCAACCUUGAUGACUAUCAUUGCUAUGGGAGGAGCAUAUGUUUAUGUACAACACCAUAUGCAGAGUAGAGGGAAAUUGCGGAUGCCAUCACCGCCUGCGCAGACAGUGUUGCCGGAGACGCCGGUGGCGCGCGCGCGCACUUGGUCGCGUAGCCCGUACGCAUCAAACGGACACAGUGUGCCCGCACCCGUUUAUGGUGACGCAAGUGUACUGCCUGAUAGCAGCUUCUCACCUAAUUCCUCAAGAUUACACUCCAGAAUGUUGUAGCAUCAAAUAUGUGCCAGUUUUUAGUGUGUGUUGAUUAUUUCCAAGUGGACUGUUGGCGAAUAUUGCCAUUAUUAUCAACGCAAGUAUCUAUCUCGUGAAGAUUUUUGUAACAUUAAAUGUGCUCCAGUUAUGUGUGUUAAAGUGGGUUAUAGUUGGCGAUUAUUGGAAAAUAUGCUAAUAAAUUAGGGUUGCCAAUUGUAAUCUACAGAAGUUAACGUUUUAGGAUUGUUGAUGGAACCCAAAUGGACUAUGGUUGUCGAUUAAAGAAACUAAACUAAUAUUUAAGAGGUGUACUGGACAGACUUAGGGUUGGCGAUUAUUAAAAUCUGGACUAAAUAAAUAAAUAUGGAAAAUCUAAACAAAUUGUGAAUUACUAACAAUGUUGCAAGAAUAACAGAGGGGUAACUAGAAAUGUUUACGAUAAGUUAGAGAUAUAUUACUAAAAUAGUAUUUUUGUAUGUAGUUAGUAUAGUAAAAUAGUAAAACUAAACAUCUAUAAUAACGACAUGAGAAACAAUUUUUCUAUUUGAAGUUUUUAAAACAUUUAACUUUAUUUUUUUGACAUAAUUGAAACCUUUUUUUGAUGUGAUGUGUUUUU